CAGCCUGAAGCCGCUGCCUGAGCAGUCUGGCAAGAGGGACCCCAUCUGAGAAAGAGUGCCCACAAGGGUGGCCUGCUGUGAAAUCCUCCUUCCGUUCACUGUGAAUAUACGUCACUACCCCUGCCUUGACAAACAGUCCGACUGACCAGUAGGGGAACAGGAUAAAGCAAGGGGAAAGCCAACCGGAGAAUGAUGGGAUGAGGAAGGGCGGAGACAAGGGAGUCGCCCGCCAGCCAGACGACAAGUCAAGGACAGAGGUAAAGCCACGAGCCUCAGGGCAGCGUGUAGAUCAACAGAAAUGGGUUAAGUUGUAACACCUAGUUAGUAGCAAGCCUGAGCUAUUGGCCAAGCAUUUAUAAUUUAUGUUAAGUCUCCGAAGCAGUUAUUUGGGAAAUGGCCACCGGUUACUUGAGAGCAGGAGGUCAGGACAGGAAAACCCCACCGGCAUUGGCCUGUUGGUAAGACUGAGGUGCAUUUUGUCAAUGACUGACGUGGGAGGCAGGCCUCUCACCGUGGGCAGUGAAAUCCCAUGCCGGCGGUCCCGUGUGGAGUAAGAAAGUAGACUGCGCAAGCCUUGGGAAGCAAGCCAGCAAGCAGCACUCCUCCACGGCCUCUGCUUCAGUGCUGCCUGGGUCCCUGCCCAGUGAGGGUGUGGCCUGGAAGAUGAAUCAUGGAGCAAAGUCCAAGGACGCGCGGACCUUUGCAUUCCUGACUUCUGAAGGCCACAUAAAGCGGUCCCGGCACCAGAGGCCUGAGGAGCAGCGCUGAGCCCGACAACGCUGCGCAGAGCUCAGCUGAAGCCGGGCCAUGGUGCUGUGGGGUCCUGUGCUUGGAGCCUUGCUCACGGUCGUCGUGGGAUGCCUGUGUCUGUCCACGUUGCUCAGGCACCGCAGGCCCCAGGAGCCGCCUCUGGACAAGGGUUUCGUGCCCUGGCUGGGCCAUGCCAUGGCUUUCCGGAAGAACAUGUUUGAGUUCUUGAAGGGAAUGCAGACCAAGCACGGGGAUGUGUUCACAGUGCAGCUGGGGGGCCAGUACUUCACCUUUGUCAUGGACCCCCUCUCCUUCGGGCCCAUCCUUAAGGACACACAGAAAACCCUGGACUUCAUAAAGUAUGCGCAGGAGCUGGUCAAGAAGGUGUUUGGGUACCAGUCCAUGGACGGGGACCACCACAUGGUGCACUCAGCCAGUACCAAGCACCUGAUGGGGCAAGGCUUGGAGGACCUCAACAAGACCAUGCUGGACAGUCUGUCCCUGGUGAUGCUGGGGCCCAAAGGCCCGAGCCCCGGUGCCAGCUCCUGGCACGAAGAUGGCCUCUUUCGCUUCUGCUACAGCGUCUUGUUCAAGGCUGGCUUCCUCGGCUUGUUUGGCUGCACCAAGGACAGGGAGCGGGACCUGCAGGAGGCGGAGGAGCUGUUCACCAAGUUCCGCAGGUUUGACCUCCUUUUCCCCAGGUUUGUCUACUCCCUGCUGGGGCCCCGGGAGUGGCUGGAAGUGAGUGGGCUCCAGCGUCUCUUCCACCAGAGACUCUCCGUGGAGCAAAACCUGCAGAAAGACGGCAUAAGCAGCUGGUUAGGCUGCAUGCUUCAGUCUCUGAGGGAGCAGGGGAUGGACUCGUCCAUGCAGGACAAAUUUAACUUCAUGAUGCUCUGGGCCUCCCAGGGGAACACGGGGCCAACCUGUUUCUGGGCCCUCUUAUUCUUGCUGAAGCACCGGGACGCCAUGCAGGCCGUGAAAGGGGAAGCCACCUGGGUCCUGGGCGAGGCCAGACUGGAAGACAAAAAGUCUUUCGCCUUCAAGCUCAGUGCCCUGAAAUGUACCCCGGUGUUGGACAGCGUGAUGGAGGAGACUCUGAGACUGGGAGCUACCCCCACCCUCCUCAGGGUGGUGCAGAAGGAUUUCUUCCUGAAGAUGGCCAGUGGGCAGGAGUACCAUAUCCGCCGUGGAGACAAGGUGGCUCUCUUCCCCUACCUCUCAGUGCACAUGGACCCUGACAUCCACCCCGAGCCCAAGGCCUUCAAGUACAACCGGUUCCUCAACCCCGAUGGCACCCGGAAAGCGGACUUCUACAAGUCGGGCAAGAAGAUCCACCACUACAACAUGCCCUGGGGCUCGGGCGUCUCCAUCUGCCCGGGCAGGUUCUUUGCCCUCAGCGAGAUGAAGAUCUUCGUCCUGCUUAUGGUUAUGUACUAUGACUUUGAGCUGGUGGACCCUGACACGCCCGUGCCCCCUAUCGACCCAAGGCGCUGGGGCUUCGGCACCUCACAGCCCAGCCACGAGGUGCGCUUCCGAUACCGCCUGAAGCCCAUGCAGUGAGCUCAUGGGCCUGACCACACCCUGAAGCCCUCAGUGGCUGCGGUCCACGGCCAUCCGUCUGGCUCUGAGGCACCCCUGCCUCUCCCUGGGAUCAUUACUCUCUCACCUCCGAGACGUGGCAUAGGCUGGCAUGCUCCCUGAAGCAUGCCGCUUCCUUGAUGUGUUUUGCCAGACCCUCCUCUCGGGAGGAGGACCCAUGGACAGCUCAGCCUGCAGCUGGUGUCGUCCAGCUAGGCUUGGCUCAUCCUGGGCAGAAUGAGCUCCCAUGAGUCAGACAGCAUGUUUCGGAGGCUGCCUCAAACCUCCUGCCUGCUUUACUGGGUGCCGCUACUGCACAUGUGUGCUAUUGUUAAUCUCCUAAUAGACGUGCUGGGAGGGAGCGAGGGGUUAAAGCUGAGGCUUGUUUUCUGGCACGUUUCCAAAGAGCUGGAACUUAAACAAUUUCAAAGAAACUCA